AUGGCCUCUCUCGACAUCACCGCCGUGCGCGCCGCGUUCCCCGCGCUCGCCUCGGGCGUCCUCUUCGGCGACAACGCCGGGGGCUCGCAGUGCCUCGCCGACGUCGCCGCGCGCGUGUCCGACUACCUCCUCCGCGCGAACGUGCAGCUCGGCGCGGACUACUCCGUCUCCGUGGCGAGCACGACGCGCGUCGCGGACGGCGCGGACGCGGCGCGGGAAAUGUUCAACGCGGCGAGCGCGGACGAGGUCGCGUACGGGAGCAGCUCGACGAUGCUCGUGGAGAACCUCGCGCGCGCGAUGGACGCGGACGUGCGCGAGGGGGAGGAGAUCGUCGUCACGGGCGAGCACGAGUCCAACGCCGGUCCGUGGAAGCGUCUUGCGGCGCGGCGCAACGCAACGCUCAAGCUCUGGCCCGCGACCCAACUUCCCGCAUACCCAAACAACCCCUACGCCGUCGGCCUGCAGCUCGACGCUCUGCUCCCUCUCAUCACCGCCAAGACGCGGAUGGUCGCGUUUACUGCGUGCUCGAACAUCCUCGGCUCCAUCAACCCCGUUAAGGAGAUUGUGGCCGCACUGCGCACUCGCGCGAAGGAGCUGGGGGCGCGGAAGCUUGAAGUUUGCGUAGACUGCGUUGCGUACGCGCCACACCGGGGCAUAGACGUGCAGGACUGGGACGUGGAUUACUGCUACUUCUCGUUCUACAAGGUCUACGGCCCACACACCUCCGUGCUCUACGCACGCAAGCCCUCGCUCACCGACUCGCUCACCUCCCUCGGCCACCACUUCCUCCGCAUCGACUCCAAGCCGUACAAGCUGCAGCCGGGCGGCCCCGGCUACGAGCUCACGUACGCCUGCACCGGCCCUCACCCCCGCGGCACGCUCGCGGCGGGCUGGGCGGCCGUCGCCGCGCACGAGCAGGCGCUCCUCGCGCCGCUGCUCGCGUACCUCCGCGGCAAGGCGGCGCGCGGGGUGCGCAUCGUCGGGGACGAGCAGGCGGGCGCGGCGCGCGUGCCCACGGUGAGCUUCGUCGUCGUCGGCGCGCGCGCGGUGCGCAGCCCGGACGUCGUGAAGGCGUUCGACGCGAAGGGCGACAUCGGGAUCCGGUACGGGCACUUUUACGCGUACACGCUCGUCGACGACCUCGCGCCGAAGGUGGACACGGACGACGGCGUGGUGCGCGUCUCGUUCGUGCACUACAACACCGUCGCGGAGGUGCAGCGCGUCAUCGACGUCCUCGAAGAGGUCCUAGCUUGA